AUGGAGAAAUCUGCAUUCCCAUCGAACAGCAUGCAAGCCGCUUCACCGAAUUCCCAAAUCACUAAUGCAUUCUCGGGUCAUUCAUUCGCCGGGGCGACUUGGCCCUUUGGAAUGGCCAAAGCAGUAGCAGAUACCCUCAGAGAAAAACAGGCCGGAUUUGCCUACGAUACAAAAUAUGUCCCCGGUUUCUCCCACAUGCACGACUCUGGGACCGGUGGUGUCCAUUAG